AUGGGGUGGCUUCAGUCCCUCGUCUCCCCACUGAAGAAGCUCUGGGAUCGUCUACACUCGACCCACAGAAAGCGUAGAGGGAUAUAUAUCUUGUACAAGGAUGUGAGAUCCUGUCCAUGCGAAGAUGUGCAUGUCCUCUGGUCCAUACUGGUUGAAUCACACACUGCACCACCACCAGCUGCUGCAGCAUUGCCAUCAAAAUGA